UGGGCGGAGAUGGGCCGAGCAGGGCCGGCUGUGCGGGGCCGUCUGCUGCUGCCCCGCCCCUGUCCCUGUCCCCAGCUCUGUCCCGCGGCCAUCCCCGCCCCUGUCCCUGUCCCCAGCUCUGUCCCGCGGCCAUCCCCGCCCCUGUCCCUGUCCCCGGCUCUGUCCCGCGGCCAUCCCCGCCCCGCCGCUGGAGCGGCCCCGGGAGCCGCUGCCGGGGCAAUCGAGCUCAAUGACACCCGGGAAGAAGUUAGAAGGUCUUGUCGCUGCUACCAUCACUCCAAUGACUCCGGAUGGACAAAUUAACCUCCCGAUGAUUCGUCAGUAUGUGGAUUAUCUGGUAAAUGAGCAGAACGUUAAGAAUGUUUUUGUGAAUGGCACAACAGGAGAAGGCCUGUCCCUUAGCAUCCAGGAGAGGAAGCAGCUGGCAGAAGAAUGGAUGUGCCAAGGAAAAGACAAAUUGGAUCACGUGAUCAUUCAUGUGGGAGCAUUGAGUCUGCCGGAGUGCCAGGAGCUGGCAAGACAUGCAGCAGCCAUAGGUGCUGGUGGCAUUGCUGUCAUAGCCCCCUUCUUCUUCAAACCCACAAACAAAGAUGAGCUGGUUGCUUUCUUACAGAAGGUUGCAUCUGAAGCCCCUGAGGUUCCAUUUUAUUACUACCACAUUCCUUCUCUGACGGGUGUGAAGAUUCGUGUGGAAGAGUUGCUGGAUGGGAUAAAAGCACAGAUCCCCACCUUCCAGGGUGUGAAGUUCAGUGACAUGGACCUCUUGGACCUGGCACARUGCAUAAACAAGAAUGAAAUGGGGCAGUUUGAAUUUCUUUAUGGGGUGGAUGAGCAACUGUUGGGUGCACUGGCACUAGGGGCAAAUGGAGCAGUUGGAAGUACAUACAACUAUUUGGGCCGACAAACCAAUCUCAUGUUGCAAGCCUUUGCAAAGGCAGACCUUGCCUUGGCACAGAAGUAUCAGUUUCUCACUGGGGAAUUUCUCAACUUUGUCAUCAAGCUGGGUUUUGGUGUUGCACAGACUAAAGCUGUGAUGACUUUUGUUUCUGGUAUUCCCAUGGGACCUCCACGGCUUCCGCUUGUUGGUGCCUCCAGUGAAUUCAUCRUCAAGGCCAAAGCCAAGCUGGACAGCAUCGUGUGGCCUGAUGGUGACUGAGCAUGGAGUCAUGGAAUCAUUAAGGUUGAGAAAGACCUCUAAGAUCAUCAGAUCCAACCAUUAACCUGAUCCUCCCCGGUCCCCCACUAAGCCACAUGCCCAAGUGCCACACUUGUGAUACUGUUCCAUGUUGAUCUGGAGGUUCCUUUUCUGGGAUUCUCUGUCACAUGGCACAUUCCCCACAUGAUGGRCUAUGAUUUCUUUCAGGGAAUUGUCAGCAUGCCCAAGCCUCUUCCUGUUAGGCCUGGCUUUGCUGGRGCACACAUGGCCCUGCAUUUUACACUGCUCCCCUGUAGCUCUGCACAUUCCAGGAUGGACUGGGAUCUCCUAAUUGCAGUUUGUUCCCAGUUGGAGGAGGAGGCUGAUGACUUGUGCCUAGAAUGGAGGAAGAUCUGUCUCCAGYCCCUGUCAGCUGUAUGGUGUUUUUUCCUCUUCAUGAGGACUCUACACCGUGUGUUUAAACAGUAGUGUGACACCAUUGGGUUGCUCAGGCUGGURUYUGUUUGUCACAGUCACUGGRACACUGUGCAUGUAAAAUCCUGGUUCUGUCGGACCUCUGUGUUUAYACACCUUAAUCCAAAAUUAAAAAAAUAAAUCCCUUUUGUAACAGCAAGCUUUGGAUCACUAA